UUUUAUACACGCUAUCAAAUCGUGUAUUGGCGUUUAGUAAACCAUUCGAGUUCGGUCGACGGUUCGCGAAAUAUCGAAUAAUUCCAGUGUCGAGUGUGUGCUUGUGUGCGAGAGUAGAUACUCGAACGUGAGUGGACAGCUAUCGUAGUAUACUCGAAGCUGCUAAGUUUCUUCUCUAUAAUAUUCUAAUUCGGCAGCGGCUAGUCUAGUAUUUUGUUUGUGGUUAUCCUUCUGAAGAGACUUGUGAUCUCGAUCAAGGUGCGCAUUAGGAUUUACCUAUAGUAUAGUAGACGAAUCAGAAAAAGACGAAAUGGAAUCCCAAAAUCUCGCCAUUCUAGUCGUUUUAUUGGGUCUCGUUUGCUUGACCGCAGCAGCCACCAAUAGCCUGCAAGAGAGAUUCAGCUGGAAAAUCGUCGAUUUCGAGUUCCCCAGCGAAGAUGCUCGAAAUGAAGCCAUCCGAAAUGGAGAAUUCAUCCCGGAGAACAACCUGCCUUUGGGUUUGGAACGUUGGAGGAAUAAGUUAUUCGUCACGCUUCCUCAAUGGAAAUCAGGAACAGCGGCCACGUUAACUUAUAUCGAUUUAGAUGCCACCACCGAGCAAUCACCCAAGCUAAAACCGUAUCCAAACUGGGAAGCAAAUCAAAUCCGCCGAAACAACGGAGUUAGCAAAAUAGCCAAUGUUUUUCGCGUCAACGUAGACGUUUGCGAUCGUCUAUGGCUCGUCGACGCCGGAGUGAUCAAUUUGUUGGGUAAAAUCGAGGUCAUUCACGCGCCAAAAAUCCAAGCUUACGACCUGACUACCGAUAAGUUGAUCUUGGAUUAUCCUUUGCCCAAGACCGCGUACAAGGAUGAAAGUUUCUUCGCCAAUAUCAUCGUCGAUGUUUCAAAGGAAGACUGUAACAACGCCUACGUGUACUUGGCUGACAUUAUGACCUAUUCUUUGGUAGUUUAUCAUUUGGCUAGCAACGAUGCUUGGAGAGUAUCCCACUACUACUUCCAUUUCGAUCCGUUGUCCACCAACUAUAACAUAGGUGGAAUUAACUUCCAAUGGCACGAUGGUAUUUUCGGUCUGGCUCUAUCUUCGCCCAAAGCCGACGGCUCCAAGUUACUCUACUUCCAUCCGAUGGCAUCUACCAAAGAGUUCGCCGUAUCUACUCAAGUCAUUCAAAACAAAACCGUCGCCUCGGACCAAUACCAUUCGUACAAAUUGCUCGGAUGUCGUGGAAGGAAAUCCGAAUCGUCUGCCGAAUCAUUCGACGAUAAAACUGGAGUACUUUUCUACACUCUAGUCCAAAAGGACGCUGUCGGUUGUUGGAAUUCGAAGAAAAACUACACGACCGAUAAUAACGCCAUCAUUGCCAGCGACUCGACCACCAUGUCGUUCCCUAACGAUUUAAAGGUCGAUAAAAAUGGUACAUUGUGGGUGCUGACCGAUCGAUUGCCCAAUUUCAUGUACUCCAAGUUGAACUACGACGAUGUUAACUUUAGAAUAUUUAGCGCGUCGACCGAACAGGCGAUCAAAGGAACUGUCUGUGAUAACUCUUCUUCCAGACUCGCAGCUGUCAGUUUGCUGGUGUUCGUUGUAGCUGGAUUCGUGCAUACUUUCGUCAGCAUCUAGGUACAUAAAAAAUCCUCUACCAAAAAAAUUACCUACUUAAAAAGUGUAUCCUAUUUGACCAGGAAGCUGUCACAUGCGAACAGGAUGUUACCUCGCCGCAUCGUCCAUAUGUGUGUAAAGUGUACAAGUUUUGCGAAUCAAAACCCCUCUUCUUCCUCCGUUAUAUAUGUACCAUUAAGCCUUGGAGUUGACAAUUUAGUCGUCAACCUUUUAUUGUUUCUAUAUUAUUACGUAUUUUCUAUAUAUAAUAGGUAUUAUGUAUGUACUAAGUACGAUUUUUUUUCUUCUAUUUUUACCGUCGUGUAAUUGCGUUCUUGUGUCGCUAUGUUGGAGAAUUUAAUUUUUAGACUUUUCUGUGAUCUUGCAGCCUAUAUUUUUAAGAUAUCAUUCUCAAAUUAAGUACUUAUUACGAGUAAUUUUUAACGAAGCAUUUAUUGUUAUGUGUCCUCUUUUUUUAAAAAUGAAAAAUAAAUUUAAGUGUGCAUGCGUUGA